AUGGGAACUAAUUGGAUGAAUGGUGAUCACCUCCAUGUGAGGUGUAUGACGUAUAUUAUUAACCUCUUUAUUCAGGAUAGUUUGAAAGAAAGUUUUAUGUCUAUUGAACGUGUUAGACAUGCAGUGAGAUAUGUUAGGCAAUCUCCUGCAAGGUUGAAAAGGUUUCAAAAAAGCUGUGAUGAUGAACAACUUAGUUACAAAAAAUCAUUUUGCUUAGAUAUUCCAACUAGAUGGAACUCCACCUACCUAAUGUUGAGUGGGGCUGUUGAAUUUAAGAAUGCAUUUACAAAUUAUGCUUCUCGUGAAAUUGUCCUAAGACAUUAUCUUGAGAAUUCUUAUAUUGAAGUUGGAGUAACUUCUAGUGAUCUUUUGAGUAGUGAUUGGGUGCAGGUGAAAAGAAUUACAAAAUUUCUUAAAUUUGUUUAUCUUCUCACUUUGAAAAUAUCUGGAUCACUUUACGUUACAUCUAAUAUUCAUUUUCUUGAAAUUUGUGUUGUUGCUGUUUAUUUGAAUCAAUUGAUUGCAAGUGAAGAUACUGAUUUAAGUAAUAUGGAGAGGAAGAUGAAAGAAAAAUUUGACAAGUAUUGGGGCAGUCAAGUAAGUGCUAAAGGUACAGGACCUUUAGAUUCACUCAUACAAGAUCUACAGAAAUCUAAAGCUUUGAAUAGAGGUGUAGAUUCUAGAACAGAGUUAGAUAAAUAUUUUGGAGAAGAAACUGAAGAUGAUACUAAAGAAUUUAAAAUUCUGCUCUGGUGGAAAAUGAAUGCAACAAGAUUUUCUACUCUUUCUAAGAUGGCUUGUGAUGUAUUAGCUGUUCCUGUUUCAAGUGUUGCAUUUGAAUCUGCGUUUAGUACAUGA